AUGGUCCAGAUGGCACUCUCCCACAGGGUGGUCGUGUCCAGACAGCUGCUCCCUCAAACCCGCCCGUUCAGCCAAUACUCCCAACGAGCAAGUUCCUCCGGUAGGAACAUUUCAGGAAGGGGAAAGAUAUUUCGGGUUUCAGAGGAGGUACAAGACGCUGUUGCAACAGGCAAACCUGUCGUCGCCCUAGAGACAACAAUCUACACCCACGGCUAUCCCUACCCCGAAAAUAUCGCUCUCGCAUCCCACCUUGAAUCCCUUGUUCGAGUCAAUGGCGGUAUUCCUGCGACGAUUGGUGUUCUCAAUGGUGUCGCACAUGUUGGUAUGGGUGCCGAGCAGUUAAUUGAGCUCAUCAAGACAGCUGGGCAGGAAACAACGUGGAAGCUUUCAAGGAGAGACCUAGGGUUUAUUGGUGGUCUCGGUCUCCGGGGACAGAAACUCAAUGGAGGAACUACCAUUGCUGGCACAAUGAUUUUGGCUCAUCUUGCUGGGAUCAAGAUAUUUGCGACUGGUGGUCUUGGGGGUGUCCACCGCGGCGGCGAGAAUUCGAUGGACAUCUCUGCAGAUUUGACCGAACUUGGCCGCACUCCGCUCGCUGUCAUCAGUUCCGGGUGUAAGAGCUUCCUUGACAUUCCCCGUACCUUGGAGUAUCUCGAGACGCAGGGUGUUGGUGUGGGCACUUUUGCAGAUGGACGCAAGGGCAAGGUGGAUUUCCCUGCCUUCUUUUCGAGAGAUAGCGGGGUCAAAAGCCCCCAGACAAUCCUUGAUGAAGUUGACGCAGCAACAAUUGUCUACGCCCAAUCAGUUCUUGGAUUACAGUCUGGCCUUCUCUUUGCGAACCCUGUCCCAAAGGAUUCUGCCAUGACCAGAGAGGAGAUCGACUCCAUUCUCUCACAAGCUGUGGCUGAAGCUGAGGAGAAAGGGAUUACGGGCAACGCCAACACUCCUUAUAUUCUCAAACGGAUCCGAGAAUUGAGCCAAGGCGGCAGCGUUGAGGCAAAUAGUGCAUUAAUCGAGGCAAACAUCAUCCGCGGUACAAAGGUCGCUGUGGAAUUGGCCAAGCUUGAACGAAGAGAUGGGGCUGCACCACCGCGAGAUGAAAGGACCAUCGUGAUUCGAUCUGAGCAGCCUGUCUCAACCUCUCCUGCGAAUGAACUACAUACGAACCAAAAAUCACAGACGCCAUCUCAGGAAGGCGUCGAUAUCCUCGUCGUGGGGUCUCUCGCAAGCGACACGCUCUGCGACAACCAGCCCUUGGAUAAUGACACCACAACAACAUCGCCCACUCUGCUAACUUCCAACCCCGCCAGAAUAACUCAAUCGCCAGGUGGUGUCGGGCGCAAUGUCGCCAUUGCUGCUCAUUAUGCUGGUGCUAAGGUGAAUCUGGCCAGCGUUGUGGCCGAUGAUCUUGCAGGAACAACACUUAUCGAUCAUAUCGCCAAAAUCGGUUUGCCCACAAGGGACAUACGCCAAAUUCCUACUGCAGCAGGAGCCAGGACUGCUCAAUAUGUGGCAGUCAAUGACACAAAAAAAGAUCUCGUUGUGGCCAUGGCAGACAUGUCGAUUCUGGGGAGACCAGAACUGCAAUCUUUGGACUACUGGUCUGGCGUAAUGGCAAGAAACAAACCUAGUUGGGUUGUAGUCGAUGCAAACUGGUCACCAUCAAUACUAUCGAAAAUCUUGAAUGCCGCAAAAUCACGCAAUGUGAUGAUUGCCUAUGAGCCGGUUUCCGUGGCCAAAGCAACUCGUCUAUUUCAUAAAGAAAAUUCGUCAAUCUCAAGUCUCAAGGUCGUUCCUGAACACGUCGUCAGUCUUGCAUCUCCGAACCACUUCGAACUGACCGCACUCUUCAAUUCUGCACGUGAUGCGUUGAUGUUUGAAUCAGAAUCGUGGUGGAGGGUGAUUGACAGCUUUGGCCUGUCCGGUUCAAGUUCGCGAGACAGGCUCAGCGCUGUUGUAGGGCACGAGUUGGUUGAACAAGGAAUCCCACAACAAUGUAUUCAGCUUCUACCUUUCAUUCCGAAUCUGGUGACCAAACUGGGUAGCAAGGGAUGCCUGGUCGCAAGUCUACUCAAAAGGGACGAUGAGAGGCUAAGAAAUCCGAAGUCUGCACCUUGUAUUGUCGCGAGAAGUCAGUCUGAACAUUCGCAGAUUGGAGGAGUCCAGAUGCGCCUCAUCACCCCAUCUCGCAAGGUUCCUCAAUCAGAAAUCAUCUCAGUGAAUGGGAUCGGUGACACAAUGUUGGGAGUUAUCGUUGCAGGCCUUGUGCGAGGCCACAACCUCGAGCAAAUUAUUCCUAUUGCCCAAGACGCUGCUGUCCUCAGCAUGCAAUCAGCCGAAGCAGUUUCGCCGGACGUAAGAAAUAUACAAGCAAGACUGACCUCAACGAGCUUGAUUUCUUGA